AUGUUCUAUGAAUUAUAUAAUUAUUUCUAAAACGGAAUUUUACAAAAAUAUAUUUAGUAAUAUUAUUCUAAUCAGACAAUUAUUUUUUUUAAGGUAAUGAAAAUGAAUGUUGAGUUGAACGAAAAUUAAAUAGCAGAUUCUAAAUCGAUGCCUCUUAAUUUUGAACCCUUGAUUGGUAUAGUUUGCCAAGAAUUGGAUCAGAUUUGUACGACUUCUAUCUAAAUAAAAACGCGAAUUAUUUAAGUUAUAAGCAUAUCUUAUUUAGGAAGAAAAGAAAAAGAAAAAGAAGUUCUGUUUAGAAUCCAAGAGACUAAAAUCCUAUUGAAAAUUCAAAAGAAAUAAAAUAAUGUUUAUCCUAAUUACUGUUAAUAGAGUAACUUUUUAACGACCUUUAACAUGUUAAAGAACUAGUAUCUCUUUUUGGAUGACUAAUUAAUCAUUUAUGGCUUUUGA